GAAGGCUAUAUAAACCGUCUGUCAUACAGAAUAUGUACAGAUGCGACGCAUGGAACUAUAGCAGUACAAAGGAAGCCGUGUGACUAGUACAUGUGACAAUCAACUGAAAUCCUUGAAGAUGGUGCCGAUGAUAUUAUAUUUUAUAGUAACUUGUAUUUGUCCAGUUCAACUACUUUGCUUCAAUGAAGCAGGUAUCAUAGCAGAUAACAGUUAUUUGGAAAACAACUUAUUUGGCAUCAUUAAGAGGAGAGUGCCCUCUGCACAUGAGUGUGCCGUUGAAUGCUUUGCACAUCUUGAUUGUUUCUCAUUCGGAUUCGAAACUGCACUUCACAUUUGCCACCUCCACAAGAAAGACAGUUCAACAGAACCAACCGACCUCGUGGCGAAACCACAAUGGAAACACAGUGAUAUUUCUCUCUGGCCGAAGGAGCUGAUGGGUCCGUGCGUAGAUCACACGUGUCCUCCAGGGACGCGAUGCAGUGUGCAUCGUGUGACUGAGGCGCCGCUCUGUUUGGAAGCUGAUGUCUAUCAACCGGAUGUAUGUUCCGAAGACCCUAUUCCAAACGCAACCUGUAGUUCUGAGUCCAAGAUGGCAGGGAGUAUCAGAUCUUGUACCUGUAAGACCAACUACAGAGAUGUACCGCUGGACGUCGUCAGUGUCAACAACACCUGCCUGGUCAAUGGCAGCUGGACUCCACCCUCGAUUAACUGCACAGGUCCCUACAUCAGACUGACCACGCCUAGUAUCAGCACAUACACCUUCCAACAGAUAUCUGCCAGCUACCUACACACAAUCACAGGCGGCACCUCUACCGUGGUGUUUCUGGUCAAGGCCUGCAACGAUGCCAACUUUGCCCUGCACACAAGACCUAACAACUACACCACUGAUGUCUAUGAGGUGUCUUUUGGUGGGUAUGGGAACACGAAAGCCUUUAUUGGUAAAUGCAUACAGUGCGGUAUCAUGGAUUCCCAUGCUGAAUCAUCUUUUGUGUCAUGCAACGAGUACAGACCAUUUUGGCUCAGCUGGAAGAAUGGCGUCAUCUCUGCGGGAAAAGGACUGGUUGCUGGUACCCAGAAAUUCAUGCAAUGGACGCCAAUUAGCCCAAUUGUGAUAAAUCACGUUAGUAUCAGUACCUAUGUUAAUAAUCCUGGUACGUGGCUCUUCCGAGAGCAGUAAAAUACUCACUGGCGACGCUUAUAGGAAUGAGUAACAUUAGAAGAUAAAGUGACAAAACCCUUUCCAUAUCCAAUAGAAAUCUCACCUUAAAGCAGAGUCGAUAAUACGAUUCCUCUAUAUCAUGGGCAUGUGUCUACGAAUCACUAUUAUUAUGUAGCAGUGUAUUUUAUUGUUUAACAAUGACUGUAACUGUGAUUCAUUGUUUCUGUUGAGAUUCGGUAGACGGUCAUUGUAUCGUAUUUGGGAAGAGAUUAGUCGUCAGGAAUGUAGUACUAGAUAAUGUAAACGGUCGUCAGUAAGUUACUAUAUUCAGAUGCUAGGGUAGUGUAAUAACUUCCGUUAACGCAGAGAAUCAGAGCCUGUACAGAGCCUUAUAUCACUGUCUAGAAAGUUCUGGAAGCUAGUUAGGUUGAUACGUUAAGGGACAAGAGCGUGUCACUCUGUGUUAUCUCUUUGGUACCUGCUUUUAUUACUUUUGCUACCACCACUGCAUUUUGUAUUUGACCCGUGAAGAUUCCGGGGAA